GAAAAUCUGUUGGAUUUUUAAUUUUAUCCGAAGAAAGUCAAAUUUCAGGGCCAAUAGAGCAGUACACGUCUGCUAAUUGAUACACUUCACAAUUCGAGUUUAAAUGCACAGUGAUUGACUGAAGGAUACAUCCAGCAACUGCCUCUGACAGAUAGAAACCUGUGGAUGAAUCAUUACCGUAGCAACAGGAGAGUGAUAAUGAAGUUACCAUAGCAACAGAUACUAUUAUUAACUGAGCUUUGUGUGCUUUGACAAAAACAGAGCAAAACACAAACAGACAUGAACCAUGAAACAAGACAAUAGAUUUGGAUUAGAGGUGUGAUGUCAUUGCUGUUAUGUUCUGCCUCUCUGCCCUAAUGCUGACGAUAUGGUUGUAAUGAAGAUGUGCCAAAAAAGGAGAGAAAACGUGCAUGUUGGAAUCCCCGGCUAUUGUUACAUCACAAUAACAUCAUUGUGAUGUCAUAAUAGAUUCUACGGAGGAGGAAAGGUGAUAUAAAAUUAUUCUGCAAUCAUGAUUUCUAAAAUGAUGAAUCGAAUGUUCAACGAGACGUUCCAGUCCCCAGACUUGGCAUCGUUAUAUCAUCGCCAGCUGGUUGUGACCUUGGUACUAGAGGACGCCCUGGUGAAAUACGAGUGGCAGGAAGUGAUGACUGACACACCUAGUGUGAAGAGUACUGGUAUAUUAUGCCUGGUUGGAGUGGGUCUUGGAAUUGGGACAAUCUUGAUGUACAGACUCUAUAAUCGCUUCUACGAUUGUGACAUCAGACAACGAUGUAACGGCAUCUACGAUAAACAUUUAACUAAAAAACGAAAAAGUGAAGAAAAUCAAAAUGGUGAAGUAUCUGAUGGUAGCCCAGGAAGGAAAAGAAAAUACAGCCAGUUAGAGAGGCAGGAUCUAGAAAUAACUUCAGCUGAAGAUCGACUGCAUCAGACAAACUGCAUUAUGGGUAAUCAAUAUUCUGGACCAGAUGAAGCCAGAUAUUCAAAAUACACCAAUAGUCUAACACUUGGUAAUUAUCCUCCGUCAUUCGAUGAUGGGAAUGAAUUGCGACAACUCAACUCAGACCACCAUGAAAGCUACGGGCCUCUGGAUAAUGGCUCAUUACAUCCUAUGCACGACAGUGGGAUUCAAUAUGAUGCAGAACAGAAUUUAAUAUACAGAGGGCGCUAUAGGCAUAAAUCAGGCGAAUCAGACAGUCAGAAUAAUCUGUUGCUAGAUCGCGCAGAUUCUCUUGUAUCAUAUGACAGUGAUAUACAUUUACCAUCAGACAUUUCUUUAGGGGAUUCAUCUGGACCCUGGACCCCCAACUCUCCAUUAUCACCAUUUUUGAAAAACAAUUCACUGAAUGGAAGUAAUGGAAGUGCCAAAAAAGACAGUGUUAGCUCAGAUAUCUCAGAAAUGUCAACACCCAGCAGUGAAUUAUUUGAAACUGACACAGGUAUCGACACAGUUGAAAAUCUUGAUAAAGUUGAGCAAGAAUUGGAGGAAAUAAAAUCGGAAAUUUCUGAUAUCAGUUGUAAAGUAUCAGACCUUAGCUCGAAGGAGUCACUUCUAAACAGUAUGGAAGAUGGAAGUGAUGAUAUUUUCAUUUCGCCAGAAACUUUCAAUGAGGAAAACUUAAACAAAGCUUUAUCCGUUCUGAGGAAAUAUAAAGUGAACAAUUUAAAAAGGGUGUAUCGCUCCCAGAGUGUCCCGGAGCAUGUGGAGAAGUUAAAACUUGUGGGGAGACAGAAUCACUUCCCCUACCCUCAGGAUUAUGACUGGGAACUCGACAUGGAAAUGGUAGAAGAUUUCGAUCAAAGCCAAUCAGCACCAAAUAUAUACAAAGAUUUUAUUGGACAAAUGUCCAGCAGUGCUAGCUCUCCAGAUAUAUGUCAGAGGUCGUCUUGUAGUAACUGUCUGCAUGACGAUUGUCAGAACCUCGUAACAACAAACUCAGACACAUCGUUACAUCACCAGUUACGAUUAUGUACUCAUGGGAGAUUAUGCAGUGAGAGAGAGCGAGGGUUAGGUGUAGAUAAUUGUCAUAUUAAUUCGUUAAAGUGCUCUAUAUGUUCUUCUUGUACUUUAGACAAUGGUAGAGGGAGUUCCCGCAACAGUGUACAUACUCUCCACUCUAUGCAAUCUUCAGAGUCUACCCCUAAACAUCACCGUGACAACACUAUUGCUGCAUAUGAUAACACUGUUGCUAAUACAAGCGACCAUACCUCAGAAGUUGCUACGUCAACUUUAGACAAUCUUUCAAAUUCACCAAAGCUCACUAUUACCAAAUCAAGAUCUGAUGUAGACGCAUGAUGUCAGCUCCCUGUUGAGGGAUGUAGACAGUAAGAUGCAAUGCAAGUAUAAUGGUUUCAGCUAAAAUCUAUGCUCUUUAGGCUACUCCACAGGCCUUAGAUUUGUAUUAAAGUCUAAUGGCUUCAGAAAGUGUUCCAAGACCUGAAACUGGUCUACAACAAGUCUGCUUUGCUUUUGAUGUGCUAUAUACAAAACUGGUAAAUUGUGAACUUAUUUAGCUUCUUUAUUUUGUCAAGUGCAUAUACUGCAUACAUCUGGGGAGAAAUUGAUACUAUAUCAUCAGGUGAAACUGUUAAAUUGUUGCUUUUUGUUCUUGCUAUCCUUUAAUGUUGAAACAUUGAAGUGUUAUGUCGUUGGUAAGAAAGUUGUAAAAAGUGCUAAUUGUGAAAUAUACGGUUCAUAAAUACAAUGAAAAUGCAUCUGUUAACUACAGUUCACUAUUACACCGUGCAAUUGUCACAUUUUUUGCACUUAUAUAUCAUACAUGAUUAGUGAAUUUGGUACUUACAUGUUCAGAUAUGGUGUUACUUGAGAUAACACAGCAGUAUAUAUAGUGCAGUUGUAAUGUUUAGUUCACUGGUGUGACAUAUUGUUCCCAAAUGUGACAUGAAGUUCACAUGUGUGACAAGGAGUUUACAAGCAUGACAAACUCUUCACAAGCGUGACUAGUAACAGUUCACAGGUGUGACAUGUCACAGUUUACAGAAAUUGUACAGUUGAUUAGAAAGUGCAGGUCACUUGAUAAUGAGAAAAAUGCAUGAUU